AUGAAGGACGUGAACUUUCCCCAGGCGCCGAUCUUUAGCCUUGCCCACAAGUCCAGACCAAGUUCCCCCUCUCCCACAAUCCGAAGGAUUACUCAGUCCACCAAGACUCGCAGACGCCCUCCAACUCCCCAACAAACAAACAAAAAGCCAGCUCCGACCCGGGCGGGCGUGGGCUCGGCGGCGUCUGCGGCGGCCGCCCCGGCCGCGGGUGACUCCGGCCGCCCGUGGCAGCCUGCCCUGCGCCCCGGCCCGCGCCCCCGAGAAGGCGGCUGUUUUCCUUGGCCCGCGGCGGGGCUGGGUGGGGAGGCGUGCGGCCGCGGCUGGGACGCGGCGCCGCUCCCGCUCCAGCUCCCGGGCAUGCUUUGGGAGAGCCGCGGCCCCGGCGCCGCCCCUCCUCCGCGGCCCGCCGGACCCCGGCGCCCGCCGCCCGCCUUUGUGCCCCGGCCUCGUUCGCUGCGCACACGCGGGCGCGGCCUCCGCGGGCCCGCGCCUCAGCCCCAGGCGCUGAGAAAGACGGCCACGCCACGGAGGACGCGGGCUAGAGGUCCGCUCUCAGGCUCAGCCGCGACCUGCCCCGGCCGGCCCCGGGCUCUCGGCGCCGCGGGAGGGCGUGGGGCGGGGAGGCGGCCGCCGGACUCUCCCCUCGCCUGGCCGGGCCGGCCGGGGCCCCCCGCUCCCGCGAUCGCCGAACGCGAGACUGUCCGGGCCAGCGGGCGCGCGAGCUGCUUCCCGGGGGCGGACUGCUCGCGCCUUCCUUCUGGAUCCACCUCCUCCCACCCCACCUCCUUCCCCUCCCCUCCCGGGGGACGCUCGGGGGCGAGGAGUUUUCGGUCUGCAGUCACCCGGCCCGGGAAGCCAAGCUGGAGGAGGAAGACGGGCCAGGACAGGGGUGGUGCUCGCCAGGCCCCCCGAAACCUGGACACCCGCGAGCCCUCUAGUCCCCGCACCCCCGAAGGCGGCCGCUUCCAGAGCGCCGCUCCAGCUGGCACAGCCCUGCAGCUGUCUGCAGGACCGAGGGUCCCGGGCCGCGGGGACAGGUCUUGGGGGACGGCGGCCCCUUUUCUGCAGCGGGUGGGGCUAGAGGCUACGGGAUGUGGGGCUUCCAGAUAAGGGAGUGUCCCCGUCCGCCCCACUGCAAGAGCGGCAGAGCGAUUAGGCGCGGCUAGCGGAACCGAGCGGCGGCUGUGCUAUCCCCCACACUCCCAUCACCGCGGGCCAGCCGCCUGCACGGCGGCCGCUGCUGCACACCCCACUCCCGGGCCUGCACUCAGACCCCAACGGCUAGCUCCGCCCUGUUGCGCCUCACAACAUCUCCCGCUGCAAACCGCCCAAUCCGGAGACGCUGCGAGAGAAUGCGAGCCAAUCAGAGGCUACCGGCUCAGGCCCUCUGCCCCGCCCCCCAGCCUCCCCUUCCCACCCCCACCCCUUCUCGGGAGGUGGCUCACCGGCUCUGAUCCUUACAGGAGCAUCUAGCUGCGGCGGCGGCGCUUGGCACCUUGUCACCGUCGUCCUCUCCUCCUCUUAUGCACACCCCUCCUCCUCCCGGUCUCUGUCCUCCUGCUGAUACUGUUGAGGGUUAUUUUGAUCCUCACUUCGGCAGAGGACUGCCAGCUUUUGUGUCUGAUCAACUGUCACCACCAUCCUGAGAGAACAGAACAAAAACAAGACACUGUGGGACGUGUGUUACCUUUUUCUUCUUGGCUACAAUUAUCUUCUGAAGACUCCUCCCCGUUCCACACCCACCGCCUAGGGUCCUGUUUCUUUUCCAGGUUUAAAGCACUCUGGAGCUGGUGGAGAUCCUGAACCUUAGGUUAUAGCCCCUUACAACGAAAGAAUUUACAACCAAACCCUCACACUUAGAGGAGGGAAAUUAACUAGAUAAUUUUCAGUAGCCAUGAGAUAUGCAAGGUCUGACCGUCCGUAACCAAAAUAGUUAGCCAAUAGCCAAGGAUG